AUGAGACUUGAUCCUGCUCCUGUGGCUGUUGAAGCUGAUGUUUCUCCAGAUAUUCUUCAGUUGUGCUUACCAGUAGCUGUUGGAGAGUCAGAAGAGCUUCUAUGGGCCUCCAACGCCACCACUGGAAGAAACUUGAUCCUGCUCCUGUGGCUGUUUACACUGGUGAAUGAUGGGGCAAGCCAACCUGGCAUCUGUGGGUGGAAAGGAUGCGUUUUCUCACUGAAAGUGCCGUGGAAGCUGUUGCUGUCUUAAUGGCUAUAUAUUUCAUUUUUGGAAUUGAAUAUCGGAAGUUAGC